GAAACGAAGAAAGAGUAACAAGAUAAUAAAGCGCCAGCCAACCAACCAACCGUCUGAUCACGCAUUCCUUCCUUCCCAAUGGCUUGCAGUGCCUCAGUUCGAGCUCUGUUCAAUCUCAAACUCUCAGAACAACACCCUAAACACAACCUUAAUAAUAAUGAUAAUAAUAAGAAGAAGAAACAUGUCGUUUUCUUUAACACUUAUUCAACUUCAACCGCAUGUUUGUCUUCAACGUACGACAAUCAUUUAGGGACCAAAUAUGCCGUUUCCCGAACACUCAUGGGACGCAGACUCAGAUUCAGUGCAAAGGCUGGAGCUCAGGAAGGGUAUUCUUCUGAGGAAGAAGCUGCGCUUGUAUCUGACGCUGGUGACCGUGAAGAGUUUUCUUGGGUUUCAGUAAUUUUGCCGUUUUUGUUCCCUGCUUUGGGAGGUUUAUUAUUCGGGUAUGACAUAGGUGCCACUUCCGGUGCUACAAUCUCAUUGCAGUCUCCUGAGCUUAGUGGCACAAAUUGGUACAACCUUUCUGCCGUGCAACUUGGUCUCGUGGUCAGUGGUUCCCUGUAUGGAGCUCUUCUAGGUUGCUCCAUUGUGUACCCGAUUGCCGAUUUCCUUGGGAGGAGGAGGGAACUUAUCAUAGCGGCGGUUUUAUAUUUGCUUGGGGGUCUGAUCACUGCAUAUGCUCCGGAGCUCGGUGUUCUCUUAGCAGGACGACUUCUUUAUGGCCUUGGUAUUGGCUUGGCCAUGCAUGGCGCUCCUCUUUAUAUUGCGGAAACUUGUCCGUCACAAAUUCGUGGAACUCUAGUAUCUUUAAAGGAGCUUUUCAUAGUUCUGGGAAUCUUGUUGGGUUAUUUUGUAGGGAGCUUUCAGAUUAACAUAGUAGGCGGUUGGCGUUACAUGUUUGGAGUUAGUGCUCCUAUUGCUUUACUUAUGGGACUAGGCAUGUGGAGUCUCCCGCCAUCUCCGCGCUGGCUUCUUCUCAGGGCUGUUCAAGGUAAAGGGUCCAUGCAAGAAUAUAAAGAGAGAGCCAUUAGUGCUCUGAGCAAACUGCGAGGCCGACCUGCCGGUGACAAGGAAUCCGAGAGGCAAAUAGAAGGUACCUUGAUUUCAUUGAAGUCUGCCUAUAAGGAACAGGAAUCUGAGGGUAGUUUCUUGGAGGUCUUUCAAGGUCCAAGUCUGAAAGCCUUUGUGAUUGGCGGGGGUUUGGUCCUUUUUCAACAGAUUACUGGGCAACCAAGUGUACUGUAUUAUGCUGGUUCAAUUCUGCAGAGUGCUGGAUUCUCUGCUGCCUCUGAUGCUACCCGAGUAUCGGUCAUAAUUGGUUUAUUCAAGUUGGUAAUGACAUGGAUAGCUGUCCUGAAAGUUGAUGACCUUGGAAGAAGGCCUUUGCUGAUUGGAGGUGUCAGUGGAAUUGCUGUAUCCUUGCUUCUCCUUUCUGCUUACUACAAAUUUCUUGGGGGGUAUCCACUUGUCGCAGUAGCUUCUCUGCUUCUCUACGUGGGAUGCUACCAGAUAUCAUUUGGGCCUAUUAGUUGGCUUAUGGUGUCGGAAAUUUUCCCGCUUCGCACAAGAGGAAGAGGAAUUAGUCUUGCAGUUCUGACCAAUUUCGGUUCAAAUGCCAUUGUAACAUUUGCAUUCUCACCAUUAAAGGAGUUGCUGGGAGCAGAGAACCUUUUCCUAGUUUUUGGAGUUAUUGCUUUCUUAUCGCUUCUGUUUGUGGUACUAUACGUCCCAGAAACCAAAGGUUUGAGUUUGGAAGAAAUAGAAUCCAAAAUCUUGAAAUGAAAGUGCUCUCCUAGGUGACCUUUUAUUGGCGAGUUUGUCAAACUUGUAUAUGUAAUAGUAAAAUAGCCUUCCCAGGCCACUUUAUAUGCUAAAAAAAAACUUUGGAAACUGUUGAAUAAAUAUCUCCAUUUGCUAUUUU